CUUACUCGGCUGAGCUUGAAGGAUCAAAACCCUAUUUGCUUCAAAUCUCUCUAAUGGCUUAAACCCUUAACAGGCAACUAAGAGAAAGAAGAAAAGAAGUCAUCUCUGUCAUGGCAAUUCCUGCAGUUCAAGGCCUCUCCUCCAGAUCCCAAUUCAUCUUCGUUUUCCCUCUCCCUUAUUGCUUCAACAAGGUUCGUAAUUGCAGCUCCGUUGCGGCGGUUAAGUGGCUAGCUGGACAUGUAAAUGAUUCCAGGGAAGAAAAUAAUUGUCAGAGAAAUUAUUCCGAUGCUCAAGGAGGUGGGUAUAAAAAUACAUCUGAAUGGAAAAAAUUGAGUUCGAAGGAGCUCGGAAUACAGACCUCAAUGAUCUCAAAAUCUACUAGGUCGGUCCUCAAUGGCCUUAAGCGAAGAGGAUAUGAUGUCUACCUUGUGGGAGGUUGUGUUCGUGAUCUUAUUUUAAAGAAAAUUCCUAAAGAUUUUGAUGUGAUAACAUCGGCUGAGCUUAGUGAGGUGCUGAAAACAUUUCCACGAUGUGAAAUAGUUGGAAGGAGGUUCCCCAUAUGCCAUGUGCAUGUUGAUGAUGUAAUCAUAGAGGUUUCCAGUUUUACUACCAGAGGAAGGAAGUUUGGAUGGAAUCCAUACAAUGGUGUACGAAGGCCUCCAAGAUGCAAUGAUGAUGAUUUUGUGCGCUGGAAAAAUUGCUUAGGAAGAGAUUUUACCAUAAAUGCAUUGAUGUUUGAUCCAUUUACAAGAAUAAUAUAUGAUUACUUGGGUGGAAUGGAAGACAUUAGAAAGGCUAAAGUACGAAGUGUGAUUCCGGCAAGCUCUUCAUUCAUGGAGGAUUGUGCACGCAUCUUGCGUGGGGUGAGGAUAGCUAGCCGUUUGGGAUUUCGCUUUUCCCGAGAAACCGCACAUUUUGUAAAAGAAUUUGGGUCUUCACUGUUAAGACUUGACAGGGGAAGAAUACUAAUGGAAUUGAAUUAUAUGCUGGCAUAUGGGUCUGCAGAAGAUUCACUAAGACUGUUGUGGAAGUUUGGAAUACUAGAAAUUGUUCUACCGCUGCAAGCUGCUUACUUUGUUUCCCAAGGUUUUAGAAGGCGCGAUAAGAGAUCUAACAUGCUUCUGUCAUUGUUUUCCUGCCUGGAUAACCUUCUGGCACCCGACCGGCCAUGCCACUCUUGUUUGUGGAUUGCAAUCUUAGCAUUCCACAAAGCCUUGGUGGAUAGACCUCGGAAUCCAUUGGUGGUUGCUGCAUUUAGUAUUGUUGUAUAUACUGGUGGGUCAUCUUCUGAUGCGUUGGGCAUAGUCAAGAAGGUCUCACAAUUACACGAUACAAGAUUUGCUGAGCUGUCUGUAGAUCACAGUCCGAAUUCAGAUGAAGAACUACUGGAUGAGGUCAUGGAUCUUGCAGUUGAUGUAAAAUGUACACUACAGAAGAUGACAGAUGAAUGCUUUGUUUCUAGAGCACUAAUUAAGUAUCCACAAGCACCACCUUCCGACAUGGUGUUCAUAUCACCCGCACUAUCACAGAAGGUGUGUGCAAUAUUUGAGUGUGUUCAAUGGGGAAAGGAUGGGGGGCAUUCCCAAAAACAAAGCAGCGAGAUUGAUUAUGGAGCCCUUGCAUUAGGGAGGCUAUAUGAAGUUAGACAUGUAUUUGCUAGGGUGGUUUUUGACACGGUAUAUCCCCUGCAACUCGAACAUGACACUUCCACAAACUCAAAUCUUGACGCACCAGAAUCAAGGGAAAAUGAGUAGGGCUGAAUCACACGUGGCUGAAAUUCUAGAAAACCGUGACGCUCUUAAAUACAGUCACAAUCAUCCAACUUGUGAGUAUUGCGAUAGUUGUUCCAACCUUGGCAACAUCCCAUUUUUUGUUCACACUGACAUGAGAGAGCCUUGGGCUCAUGUACAACAACAACAGCCUUGGGCUCAUGUGUGAACAAAAAAUGGGAUGGGGGCAAAGUAGCUUUUUUCUUCAGAUUAUUGUGCUAUUCAGGCCCAAGAAUGAGCUUAAUGUAUGACAUUGCUCUAGUGUUCUUUGCAUAGCCAAGGUUUUGAUAAGUACUCUUUCUGUCCCAAGAAAAGAAAGAUUUGUAAAGUUGUGUUACUAUUAGAAGCGUUACCUUUUUGGACCGAAGUAUUUCAUUUGGAAAUUGUAAAUGGUAAACAUUAUCAUCUGCCCAAUACACUGAUGCUUCACAGAAUAGGUGAGCAGUAAAGAUUGAGGACAAUA